ACCGACCCGGGAGUCCGAGAUUCAGACAGGGAAAGCAAGGAGACUCGGAAGCGGAGCGGAUUCGGAGUGACGCACGCCAAACGUUCGACGAAAUGUCACUUCCGCUUCUACACACUUCGUUUUCCUGUCUCAGCUUCAAUCCCUCCCACUCGUGCAUCAUCCAAAGCCACGCCCAAUACUCCUCUCGCUCAUCGCUUCCCCAUUUCACACUCCAAUCUCCUCCUCCUCCUCCUUCUUCUCCUCUCGCGCGUCUUCGAUUUCAUCGCCCAGCCAUUAGAGCCAAAUCGGCCGUGCAGUCCGAGCUAAUGGCCGACGGCGCCAGCACCGGCAGCUCCUCAAGCCCGACCAUGAAGCUCUUGUUCGUGGAGAUGGGCGUCGGCUACGAUCAGCACGGGCAAGAUGUUACGGCGGCAGCAAUGAGGGCGUGCAGGGACGCGAUUUCGUCGAAUUCGAUCCCUGCUUUCCGCAGAGGGUCAAUACCUGGAGUCUCAUUUGAGCAGAUGAAGCUACUGAUCAAGCUCGGAGUGCCUCAUUCCCUUCAGCAAUCCCUUGACAUCGAAAGAGUCAAGUCUGUCUUUCCUUAUGGGAAAAUUCUCGAUGUUGAAGUUGUGGAUGGUGGACUGAUAUGCUCAAGUGGUGUAUUAGUGGAAGAAAUGGGAGACAAGACGGAUGAGUGUUAUAUAGUGAAUGCGGCAGUUUACGUUGGGUACUAGUAUCUCAUUCCCUCAGUUGCUUGGCGGGGUUUGCACCAAAUCUCUGUUCUAAAACCGUAGCAGACUGCUCUAAGGAUGCUCCAUAGCUGAUCUUUUUCUUGUUUUGCAUAGCAUGAGAUACCAUUGUACUGCUCGGCCAUCUGUUUGCUAUGAUAGGCACUUCAUAUGGUGGUGUGGUGACUCUUGAAUGUGUAUUUCACAUUGUUGUUUUCUGUAUUUUCAAAUAAAAGUUCUGAUAUUCCUUUCUCAUCUCUA